UAAGCCAGUUCACUAUUCCGAUAGUCGGUUGACAGAUAACAUUGGAAUCAUGAAGUGCACCGUAGUGCUUGACGCACUCAUUUUCAUCUGCAGUUUCUGCGGCGUGUCCGGAUGCUGUGCAUACAGUCCAAAAUCAAAGUUUAAAGAACCGGUCUACCUUGAGACCCAUGUGUACGCCGACUAUGGUUACCUAAAGUUCUACAACAAGAACGACACCAAGGCGAAGGAAUAUGUCGUCGAGUUUUGGAAUUCGGUUGAACUGAGAUUCUCCAAUCUUUUAACUCCACUCAGGCUGCCGCUCGUGGACAUUACCUUCUUGUCAGAAGACGACGAUAAAAAGAUUUUCGGCAACGGAAAUCAUCCUGCUAACACCUCUUCAAGCAUGAUGAGUUUUAAAGAGUCUAUGAAGGAUAAACAGGGGCCCGACCUUGUCUACGUUCUGACGUCGCGAUCUCUCUAUACGGGCAGCCCCGAAAGAAAAAUAAAGGCAGCAGGAGGGGCAUACGUUGAUGGAGGAGUCUGUACAGAGUACAAUAUUGCUAUGGGUAUUGACAUUCCUGGAAACUUUACAGGGUGUCUGUGGGCUGUCCGGCACCUUGCAAAAGUCAUUGGAGCUCGAGACGAUGGGAAAAACGGAAGCCGAUGUCCCCCUUCUGGAGGGUUCCUCAUGGCGAACACCGAUGCGGGCGGACAGUUCCAAUACUUUUCACUGUGCUCCAAUGAGGACAUCGAAAAUCACUUACUACGCAUCAAUUCAUCCCUCAGCCCUCCUUCAUCUUCGUGCUUGGAACGGAAUCAAUCGCUUCGAGAUAUCAGGCGAGGCUUCAUGAACUUGAAAGUGGCUGCACAGUCUCUCUCCCUGAGAUCUCGUUGUCAAGCGUACUUUGGAAAUGACAAAUGGAGCUGUCGAGAGCGUACUAGCACAUGUAGAACGACAUGUUGCACACAAGGAGCAUGGUAUCAUUUCACCUGGCCUGCCAUAGGGUAUUUACCAACUGCUGAUGGACAAACGUGUUGGAACGGAUACGCGAGGUGUUUCUUCGGGAUGUGUCUUUACGAGGCCGACUACAAUAUACUUAUGAAGGAGAGGGAGGAAAAGCUGGAGGAAAUGCUGAAUCAAGAACAACAGAAAAACAACCAAUGACAUUAUUUAACGUGGAGCUAAUACCAUACCCAGUUAAGCUAACUAGAGCUAAGUAAAGGUACUUG